AUUGAGCUCAGUUGCAAACAAACGAUCGAAGGGUAACGUCGAAUUUUUGAUAUUUUCUUUAUUUUUGAAAAGAUAGUAAAAGGAAAAUCUAUAAUCUGGCCAAAAAAUACAACAGAAAACAUGGCGGACGAUGACGACGCGCAGUUCGACACCGUAGACUCGGAAGCCUCGAAGACUUUUCCGAUGCAGUGUUCGGCCUUACGGAAGAAUGGGUUUGUCAUGCUGAAGGGACGUCCCUGCAAGAUUGUGGACAUGUCCACCUCGAAGACGGGCAAGCACGGGCACGCCAAGGUGCACUUGGUGGGAGUGGACAUAUUCACCCAGAAGAAGUACGAGGACAUCUGCCCCUCGACCCACAACAUGGACGUGCCGCACGUGAAGCGCGAGGACUACCAGCUGACCGACAUCAGCGACGACGGCUUCGUCACCCUGAUGGGGGACAAUGGCGAGAUACGCGAGGAUCUCAAGCUUCCGGACGGGGAGCUGGGCGGAGCUCUGCGCUCAGAAUUCGACGAUGGCAAGGAUCUCCUCCUCACGGUGCUGGCGGCCUGCGGAGAGGAGUGCGUCAUCGCGAUGAAGAACAACGCGGGCCUGGACAAGGGAGGGCUCUAAGGAGCGACCAUGACAAUGAUUUUAUGUCCGAAAUACACUAAUGUGGACCACACUAGAUACAAGUUAUUAAAGCUCUGGUUGCGAA